GAGGCGGAGUCAGGCGGCCUCUGCAUCACACAGCAUCCCUUCAUUGAGCUCCAGCGCUCCGUCUCUGCUGCUGUCACGGACAAAGCAUGACAUCAGCGCAGCUUCAUUGACAAACACUCAUAUUCAUAUUCACAUGCAGCGCUCCUCCCAGCUUUGUUGUGAUUUUAUCAGAAGAAGAGCGCUCAUGAAAUGCACCGGUGAACGUCUCACACGCGUGCGAGGCGACUGAGAUGCUCUUUCUGAAGCGUUAGCGGCGAGAGAGGAGGAAGAGGGGGAGGGGAGCCGAGCCGCAGAGAGAGAGAGAGAGAGCGAGAGAGAGAAGCAGGAUUCCAGAAGCACCUGUUCCUCUGCUAUGAUCAUGGAUAUUAACGUCCCAUCUCAGCGCUUCUACUUCCCGCAGAUCUACUGCGAGCCCGGCGCGCCGCUCCCCGACAUCAAGAUCAGCGAGCAGAGCAUCUGUCAGGCCCGCGCCUCCGUCAUGGUCUACGACGACACCAGCAAAAAAUGGGUGCCGAUCAAACCAGGUCAGCAGGGCUUCAGUCGAAUCAACAUCUACCACAACACGAGCAGCAACACCUUCCGCGUGGUGGGAGUCAGACUGCAGGACCAGCAGGUGGUCAUCAACUACUCCAUCGUGAAGGGGCUGAAGUAUAACCAGGCCACGCCCACCUUCCACCAGUGGCGUGACGCGCGGCAGGUGUACGGACUCAACUUCGCCAGUAAAGAGGAGGCCACCACCUUCUCCAACGCCAUGCUGUUCGCCCUCAACCUGCUCAGCAGCCAGGACGGAGGUCCAGCUGUUCAGCGUCCAGUCCAGAACGGGCCGAGUUCAGAAGAGCUGGAGGUCCAGAGACGGCAAAUGGAAAUGCAGCAGCAGCAGAUGCAGGCGCAUAUCGAGCGGGAGAGACGAUCGUCCAACUCAGGUUCUCCGUUUCAGGGUCACCCUGCGGUGCUGUCUGUAGCUCCUCCCAUUGUGGCUCCGCCUCCUCUGUCGAUGGGCGGUCCCUGUCCCCCUCCCCCACCCGGGCCGCCGCCCCCUUCUGCUGGAGCUCCGCCCCCUCCCCCACCUCCUCUGCCUGUGGGCGGGUACGGGGGCCACGCCCAGGACGAUAGCCACACCCCCACGGGUCUCGCUGCCAUGAUCGCCGGAGCCAAACUGCGCCGUGUGCAAAGGAUGGAGGAAAGCUCUGCGUCCGGAGCCAAAAACGAAGCCAACCGGAGCAGCGGCGGAAGCGGAGGCCUGAUGGAGGAGAUGAACGCGCUGCUCGCUCGCAGACGGAAAGCAGCAGAUGAGAAGAAGGACGGAGAAAGCCCAAGCGAGGAUGGCGCGUCUCGUGGACAGAACGCCGCAGAUGCAGUGAAGAAGCCGUGGGACCGAGCCAGUUCAGCCGAGAGAUCCUCGCUGGUGUCCAGGGUUCGAGCCGUGGGCAGCAUCAGCGACUCAGACGCCUUAGACUUCGACAGAAUGAAACAGGAAAUCUUGGAAGAAGUGGUUCGUGAAUUGCACAAGGUGAAGGACGAGAUCAUUGAUGCCAUUAGACAUGAGCUCAGCAGAAUCAGCACCACAUAAUGUCCAUCUCCUCCGAGAGCCCAAGCUGUAGCCACGAGAGCCGGACGUUACCGCCGUAUUAAAGCACACGGACUCACAGCGUGCUGGUUUUAACACGUCUGCAACGUCGAGGAGCGGUUGAUGAAGCAGGGACACUUGCACUGAUCUUACUGUUCCUGGUGUACACUGAUUUUAGUGGCAGUCUUUUCAAAGUCUUUUGCAGAAACUGAAGAAAAUAGAACAAACAUCUGGAGUCCUUUUAUGUUGUCUGCAUCAUUAUUAUUAUUAUUAUUAUUAUAGGUGUAGUUGUAGUAGUAGUGUUUUCAUGUAGGUAGAGGUAGACAUAGGAAUUGAUAAUAAUAAUAAUAACAAUGAUAUCAUUGCACACCACUUCAGCGUUAGCCUUUUGUAUUUUUACUGUUUUCAUUUUCCUUAAGAUUCAUCAUGAGCACAUUCCUCUGUUUUUUAAGAGUUUUAUCCUUUUUGCCAUAAUGAUGUGUUUGAUCUGAAGGAGGGUUUUAAACACGUCUGAAGCUGCGUAGGCGGUUCUCGAGUUAUUAUCUGACGAACAAACAUCACACACCAGAGUAUUUGUGAUCAUGUUGUUAAUCAAGUGUUUAUCGGCUGCGAGGACAUGAAGUAUUGUUCUGUUUUAUGAUUUCUGUUUUUGACCAAGUGCUUCCUGGUUUGAAAAAAUAAUAAUAAUAAUA